GUAUUUUCCUCUUGUUAGCUUUCGCCGUUUCCGUUGCAUUGGCAAUGUGUUUAUCGCCUUUAUCACUGAUUUGUUUAUUGCAGGUGGCCCUUUGGGGCUCGGGCCACCCAAGGAGCCCCUCCCCAUCUUCCGCUGGGGCCUUUUCCGGAUUAGUGGUUCACUUGGAGAUUACAGUCCAAUGAACGACUGAUUAUGUAUCUGAUUCGGAUACAUAGUCUGUGGCAAACUACCGAUUGUUGCAGGCAGGUUUCGAACCGCGCCGGAACUCGCCUGUACUCGUCGCAGUGCGGUAUCGAAGUUAAAGGAAACAAAUGUCCUAAACCAAUAAAGACGUGGGCGCAGUGCGGUGUCGAAUUUAAGAUAUUGCAGCAGCUGAAGAAGCACAACUUCGCUAAACCUCCGCCGAUCCAAGCACAAGCAAUUCCUUGCAUUAUGGCCGGACCUGAUCUAAUUGGAGAGUUUGACAUCUGGGAAGCUUUGGAGCGGGCGCUGUUUCAUUACCGAUUUGGGAGAUGGCGACUUGAAUUCUACAAUGUGUGUUCUCAUAAAUCCUAUUCCGAGAAUUUACCCGGAGUAUAUACUCUGCCAUUGCUGGCUAUGCUAACAAAACAGUUUCGAAGGAUGGCCAAGAAGAGAUACGUCGUGAAAAAAUGCCCAAAACCGCACUGCGCAGCGAAGAAGAUGCUAGGAAAAGGAAGGAAAAUGCGCUGGGUACAAUUCAAAAAAUACCAUUCUAACCAAAGUAAUCAAGCAAUCGCAAGCAAACGAAGCGAACAGAGACGCGCUGUUGACGUCACUAAAAGCAACAAAAGAGGAAAAGUUGUUCGAGACUAUCACCCACAAUCCAACUCACACGACAAAAAAGUUGCAGUGUCUAUGGGAUUCUAUAUGCCACAUGGAAUCCAUGUAGACCGGGAUGGCUAUUUGUACACUAUAGACGUGGGAUCGCAUACUGAAGCCAAAUGGAGGAUUAAUGGAAACGGUGACGGACUAACGGAUACACCAACAUCGAUGAAUCUGUCGCUGAACACUGCGUGGAGUCAACGCUGGGAUUCUAGACUCCAGAAUUUCAUCGGCGUGGCUAAGGAGUCUGCCAAGAGCUCGCCACCACUG